CUGAAGUGACUGGUCACUGCAGCAAUGAAUCUACCGAAGCAUAUGAAAAUAGCAGCAGGAUGUAUGGGGGCAACCAUUUUCGGCAUUCUCUUUGGUUGGGUUCUGUUUCCUACUAUUCUCAAGGGACAACUGAAAAAGGAAAUGGCUCUUUCGAAGAAAACGGAUGUCCGCAAAAUGUGGGAGACAAUUCCCUUCGCUUUGGACUUCAAAGUGUACUUGUUUAAUUACACAAACCACGAAGAAGUUCAAAAGGGUGCGAUCCCGAUCGUCAAAGAAGUUGGACCAUAUUAUUUCGAAGAAUGGAAGGAGAAAAUCGAGCUAAACGAUGAUGAAGCGACCGAUACAGUCAGCUACAAAAAGCGAGAUACUUUCUACUUCAAGAAACAAUUGUCUGGACCGGGUCUGACAGGAGAAGAGGAAAUUAUUCUGCCUCAUAUAUUUAUGCUUACCUUGGCUACAAUAGUUUCCCGAGACAAACCAGCAAUGUUAAAUAUGUUGGGAAAAGCUUUUAAUGGUAUUUUUGACAAACCCGAAACUAUUUUCAUGAAAGUCAAACCUCUGGACUUACUUUUCCGUGGGCUUAACAUAGACUGCGCUAAAACAGAAUUUGCUCCUAAAGCUGUCUGUACAGCAAUAAAGAAGGAAGCUGCCGAUCGUCUCAUUUUCGAACCAAAUAAUCAAUACAAGUUUUCUAUUUUUGGUAUGCGAAACGGAACAGUUGACAAACACGUGGUAACUGUUUUGCGAGGAAUCAAAAAUGUGAUGGAUGUCGGUAAAGUGAUUGCCAUUGAUGAUAAAACAGAACAAGAUGUGUGGCGGGACUCCUGCAAUAAGCUUGAAGGCACUGACGGGACCGUUUUCCCGCCAUUUUUGACCGAAUUCGACAGACUUGAAUCUUUUGCUGGUGAUUUAUGCAGAUCUUUCAAGCCCUGGUACCAAAAGAAAACGUCCUACCAAGGAAUCAAGACGAAUCGUUAUAUCGCUAACAUUGGAGACUUGGCUAACGAUCCUGACCUGCAGUGCUAUUGCGAAAGUCCCGAGAAAUGUCCGCCCAAGGGUCUAAUGGACAUGACAAAGUGUAUGGGUGCUCCACUCUUCGUAUCACUGCCGCAUUACUACGACUGUGACCCGGAGUUGCUUAAAAAUGUAAAAGGUCUUAGACCGGAUGUUAGUGAGCAUGAAAUUGUCAUUGAUUUUGAACCGAUAACGGGGACUCCAAUGGUUGCUAGGCAACGAGUUCAAUUCAGCUUAAAAUUAAUUCAAACCGACAAAAUGGAACUGUUCAGAGAGCUACCUAAUACUCUAGCACCGAUAUUCUGGAUUGAAGAAGCUACAUAAUCAUAUGAAUGCUGAAGCUAUCAAACUUCUUGAUACAAUAGGAACAAGAUGCCUA